UCCUCCAGUGCUCCGGUUAAUGGCUGCCAGGAUGGGUCGCGUCUUUUUGCUGUGAAGCACACCCAUCUGGAGGACCGUUAUCUCGGGCGGUGCCGAGCUAMAAUGGUCGAUACGCGACCAAACAGGCACCCGGAAACUCUUUYUCAAAGUUACGAACAUCGUCCCUAAAAAAGAACCCACUGUCAACAUCCCGUCUUAGUGGUCAGUUCUGCCUGCUGGUCAGCGGUUAACCUGAGGCCAUGGCAGUGAAGGACCGUGUAGAGGCGGUGCUCAACGUGGGUCUGCGUGUUCCCAGCAUCAUGCUGCUGGAUGUCCUGUACCGCUGGGAUGUAAGCUCUUUCUUCCAGAAGAUCCAGCGCUCCAGCCUUUCCAACAACCCUCUGUUUCAGUACAAAUAUCUGGCUCUCUACUUACACUACGUAGGCUACAUCCUGAGCCUGGUGCUUCUGACCCUGCCUCGUCAGCACCUGGUUAAACUCUACCUGUAUGUUCUCACGGCCCUGCUGCUGUUUGCUGGUCAUCAAGUCUCAAGAGAUUAUGUUCGCAGUGAACUGGAUUCAGGCUAUGAAGGACCGGUCUACCUGGAGCCUCUCUCUAUGAACAGAUUCACCACUGCACUCAUAGGUCAGCUGGUGGUGUGCACGCUGUGCUCCUGUGUGAUGCAGACCAAAAGGAUUUGGCUUUUUUCUGCUCAUUUCCUCCCCCUGAUGGCUAGGCUUUGUCUGGUCCCGCUGGAGACGAUUGUUUUCAUCAAUAGGUUCUCCAUGAUUUUCACAGGCCUGGAGGUCAUUUACUUCCUGGCUACUAACUUACUGGUACCAUAUAAUCUGGCCAAGACUGCUUACAGGGAGCUGGCUCAGGUGGUAGAGGUGUACGGUCUGCUCGCUUUAGGCAUGUCCCUGUGGAACCAGCUGGUUCUUCCAGUUCUCUUCAUGUGUUUCUGGCUCGUGCUCUUUGCUCUGCAGAUCUACACCUACUUCAGCACCAGAGACCAGCCUACCUCGAGGGAGAGGCUCCUCUUCCUCUUCCUUACAAGUAUCGCAGAAUGUUGUAGUACACCGUACUCUUUGCUGGGUUUGGUUUUCACCGUCUCCUUCAUCGCACUGGGAGUCCUCACUCUGUGCAAGUUCUACCUGCAGGGUUACAGAGCCUUUAUGAAUGACAACACCAUGCACAGAGGGAUGACAGAAGGCAUCACUCUGCUCAUCCUUGCUGUGCAAACGGGUCUGAUAGAGCUGCAGGUCAUCCACCGAGCCUUCCUCCUUUCCAUCAUCCUCUUCAUCGUCGUCGCUUCCAUCCUGCAGUCCAUGCUGGAGAUCGCUGACCCCAUAGUUCUGGCUCUGGGAGCCUCCAGAGACAAGAGUUUAUGGAAGCACUUUCGAGCCGUGUCCCUCUGCCUCUUCCUGCUGAUCUUUCCAGCCUACAUGUCUUAUAUGAUCUGUCAGUUCUUCCACAUGGACUUCUGGCUUCUCAUCAUCAUCUCCUCAUCAAUCCUGACCUCGCUGCAGGUUCUUGGUACUCUCCUGAUCUACGUGCUCUUCAUGGUGGAGGAGUUCCGUAAAGCUCCGGUGGAGAACAUGGAUGAAGUUAUCUACUGUGUAAAUGGGACCUACAGAUUGCUGGAGUUUCUGGUUGCGGUGUGUGUGGUCUGUUAUGGCAUAUCAGAGACUGUAUUUGGGGAGUGGAGCGUUAUGGGCAGCACCAUCAUCCUGGUCCACUCUUACUAUAACGUCUGGCUCAGAGCCCAGCUGGGCUGGCAGAGCUUCCUGCUCAGGAGAGACGCUGUGAACAAGAUCAAAAGCCUCCCGACUGCAACGAACACACAACUGGAGCAGUACAACGACAUCUGUGCAAUCUGUUUCCAGGACAUGAACAGUGCUGUGAUCACGCCGUGCAGUCAUUUCUUCCACGCUGGCUGUCUGAAGAAAUGGUUGUACGUCCAGGAAACGUGUCCUCUUUGCCACGCUCAACUCAAGAGCCAAUCRCCAACCAGUGUGUCCAACCAAGAUGUCCCUGAAGGCGAUCAGCGUCCUGCAGGACAGGAAGCUGCCUCAGCAGACAACAAGGACAARGAUGGGACUCUUACAGAGAAUGUGACAGAGCAACAGGAAGAUGUUUCUGCUUCAUCAGCUGCAGGAACCUCCUCCUCCUCCUCCCCAUCUUCAUCUUCCUCCUCCUCUGUUUCACUUCAAACCAGUGAUCCCUCCUCGGUGUCCCCCUCCACUUCCAGCACAUCUGACGCUCCACCUCCCCCACUCUGUCCCCACUCGUCCCCACAGGCCCACACUGAGCCCGAGUAUCCAGGCCCAGUGGAAAGCCAGGAGUCCUCCGCUGAUCCACCGUCACACUCUCACCAGCAGAGCUGCUUCUGAGGAAGACUUGUUUCCACACAUGCAUGCUCCAACACGUAAUCCAAACCUCUGCUUGUGUUUCAUCUGUCCAGAUUUCAGUUCUCCUCCUCCAGAUCCCUUCUGAGAGGAAGACAGAAACAAUUUAUCUGAAGCGGAUAUCUAAAUGUACCCCAGUUCAGCUUUUAUCAUAGGCACAACUUUUUUCAUACAUUUUCUAUCUUUUUUUAUUUUUAUUUCUUUUUAUGUCACUCAGCGGGGGAUAUUCAUUGGUCUCAUCUCAGAAAUUAUUAAUGGUUUUCCAUCAUAUCCAUAAAAUGUGAAAUCUUACAAACCAACAUUAUCACAGAGUUUUCAGGUUUACUGUAUUUGAGUUUACUUUUUUUAGUAUUAUUUCUGUAUCCAUGCCCCCUACUGGUAAAACCCUUUUUUUUUUUUGUUUCUUUGCUGUACAUUUAGUGCCAUGACAAACGGAUUAUACAUGGAGACCACUAGGACAGACAAUGGAAGACGCGUGGUUGCAUUCAAACUGUGACAAAGUCUUAACAUUUCAACAGAAAAACACAGUUUGACCCAUAUUUCUGUGUUGAGCUGCUGGGGUCGUAGUACUUCUGUGUAUUUGUGAAUACCAAGCAUACUGAAUGUUGUCAUUUCGAGGCCGAUGGUCGUGGUCUCUUCAGCGGACUCGCAGACAAUGACUAAUUUUGUACGUUGAGAUAUUUUGCUGUCACUGCUUCAGUGUUUGAAUCAAACUUGUUUGGCUGGUCCCAGCAAAAGGCAAAUAUUAUUCCUCACCGCCAAAGUUUUAAAUCGCUGUUACAAGUUCAGUUUCACACCCCUUCGUUGAACGCCACGCAGUGCAGGUGGUCAACGAGGGGGGCGGGGUUAUUGGCUGCACGUUUUGAACCCUCAUUAAGAAUGGAAUGUAAAUAAGUUCAUCACCUUUUUAGUGUUACAGCUUCUCAUCACAGGAGCCAAAAAGAAGCACUUGCUUUCUUCAAAUCUAACAUCGUUUGUUCUCCUGCAGCUUGAACGAUUCACUCCAUGAGAUGUUUCUACCAGCAAAUCAUUUCCCCUUUUUAUGUCCACACACUCCUAAGUUGUGUGUUUUGCAGAUAAUGCAGUACGGUGGGUAAAUGUUCAGGUGAAAGAGUAAAAUCAGAGAAAUGCUGAAUUAUAAGUAGAGCUUGCAUCCUUUCCACAGAAUGUUUUUUUUUUUUUAAUUUGGUCUGUGUUCUCUAACUUUGCAACUGAUUUUUGUUUCUUGUUUUCCUAUGAUUUUUGUUGUACUUGCACUAACGUCAUUUUUACUAGCAAUGCUCCAAAGGUGUUCUGUGGCUGUCUGCAACCAAAUACCCUCUGAUGUUUGUGUAAGAGGAAACAGCCCGAACAGUUUGUGUGUAAAUGUGUAGAAAUGUUUCUCUGUACGACUAUUAUAUUCAACAAGAGGAGAGCUGAUCYGAUGCGGUCAGAGUUGGAUUUUUGUUUCGUUUUCUGAGCUGCAGAGACCCAAACGCUCUGAGCUGAGAUCAGUUCCCGCCUCUCCAGUCUGUAUGAAGCAUCUAUAAGCUGGUGUGAUCACUCCGGUGCCCUCUACUGUUAGGAGUGGGAUCAGCUUGGUACUGAUGGACUGGAGAUGAGCAGAAACCCUCACCAGUAUUAUUUACCAUUUAUUCUGAAUUGUUAUAUGUUUUGGAAAGCAAAGGCUCCAGGGUUGAAAAUGAAUACAUGUUCAAUGUAUGAUCAAACCUGUCCAAUGCUGUUUAAGUUUGUUUUUGUUUGUUUUUUUUAAGGACUGAGAUGUAGAGUCUGAUGUAUUUUGCACAUCUUUCUCUGAAAGUUGACUUAUUUUUGUCAUCUCCAUUUCGUUUUGAUUUUGGUUUCAAACGAAGCACCUAAAUGUAUUCAGAGGUCGACAUUUAAAUUGUGUUCAUUCAUUUCUGAGCGGUUUUCCUGUUCUGCAGAGAGAGAACCUGCAACCUGUGUGAAGGCAGCUGUACGUGGAUCUGCACUGCAGUAUUAAAUGAUAWAUAACUGGCACAGGUGCUUGUCAGCUGCUGAUUCUGUCUGGAUUUACAGGAAGUUGAACUCUUUUAGCCUCCACCAAUGUUUGAAACGGCAAUUAUUUACAUAAAUCAUCUCUGAUAGCUGUUAAUACUUAUUUCUUAAACAGUAUUUCAGUUCAUURUUUCAAAUAUAUUUGAGAAUUUGGCUUCAGAUUUUGUAAAUUGGUGAUUAUUUACUGUUUAUUUCAGUUUAUUUGCCAGCAAAUGCAUGUAACUAUCAUUGUGACAUCGUAAUGCCACAUUUUUAUUUUUAACUAUCGCAUUGUUGUGGGCCAAAAAUACAUUCUCUCAAAGCUCUAACUUUAAGACAGCUAGAUUAUAUAUAUAUAAAAUAUCGACAGGAAGUCCUUACGUUUAAAUUUAUUAACUGUCAUUUGAAAUUAAAGUAUUUUUUUAAUCCAGCUGCUACAAGCAGUGUUUACAGAUUUACUGACUGCAUUUCCAGCACAGCUGCCUGUAACAGAURUAUAAAGAAUGAUGAUUUUCACCUUUUUUUUUUCCUUUUUUAAGAUAAAUUUUGUGUGCAGUUAAAUCUAAACACACAGAUGUGAAACCUGCUCUGAAUGCCAGCGGUGUUGGAUUAAAAUGUCCUCCAGUGGUUUUGGACGAGAUGCCUGGCAUUAACUUGUUUGUUUUAUAAAACUGAAUGUCAAAUAAAAUCAAACAUCCAUUCUGGGGAA